CGCUGUUUACUGGCCACUUCCACGCGGUCAGUUUGCUCGGCUGCAGCCAGUGUCUGCGUUACAGCGUGGAGGCUGCAGGAGACAGAGCAGGUUUCCCGUGGGGUCCCCCAAAGGGAUGCCUCUGGAAGGCAGCUUACAGAGACUAAGAAAUAGGAGGAGGAGUUUACAAUACCUGACUUGGGCUGCUCCUAACCCAGUGCUGUGCACCAACAAAGAUAAUUUUCCAGCAUUAUGAAGGCAAAGAAGAAUCCUGAUGACAGACAGACUGCUGAAGACCCGAGCUCAGUGCGGCCCGGCAUGUGAGGCCGAGGACGGGGCCCCCGUUAGCAGUUAGCUGCCGAGAUCUGUAACUGCCCAUCCCUCUGGUUAGCAGCGAGAGACUGAAUCCUGUCUAUGAUGAGCUGUUGGUUUUCUUGUGCUCCUAAGGACAAACUUGCAACAGAUUGGAAUAAAUAUGACGACCGAUUGAUGAAAGCUGCAGAAAGGGGAGACGUGGAGAAAGUGUCCUCCAUCCUUGCUAAAAAGGGAGUCAAUGCAGGCAAACUCGACGUGGAAGGCAGAUCUGCCUUCCAUGUUGUGGCCUCCAAGGGGAAUCUUGAGUGUCUGAACGCCAUCCUCAUACAUGGGAUUGAUAUCACAAGCAGUGAUACUGCAGGGAGAAAUGCUCUUCACCUGGCUGCUAAGUACGGACAUGCUCUGUGCCUACAAAAACUGCUGCAGUAUAAUUGUCCCACUGAACACAUAGACCUGCAAGGCAGAACUGCACUUCACGAUGCAGCGAUGGCAGAUUGUCCUUCCAGCAUCCAGCUGCUCUGUGACCAUGGGGCCUCUGUGAAUGCCAAAGACAUAGAUGGGCGGACACCACUUGUUCUGGCCACUCAGAUGUGUAGACCAACCAUCUGCCAGCUGCUGAUAGACCGGGGGGCAGACGUCAAUUCCAGAGACAAGCAAAACAGAACUGCUCUCAUGCUGGGCUGUGAGUAUGGCUGCAGAGAUGCCGUAGAAGUCUUAGUUAAAAAUGGUGCUGAUGUAAACUUACUGGAUGCCCUUGGCCACGAUAGUUCUUACUAUGCAAGAAUUGGUGACAACCUGGACAUUCUAACCUUAUUGAAGAAUGCAUCUGAAAAUACCAGCAAAGGGAGAGAACUUUGGAGGAAAGGACCAUCUUUGCAACAGCGGAACUUGACACACAUUCAAGAUGAAGUGAACGUGAAGUCAAACCAGAGGGAGCAUCGAAACAUUGAGGAUCUAGAAGUGGAAAAUGAAGAUUUGAAGGAGAGGUUGAGAAAAAUCCAGCAAGAACAGAGAAUCCUGCUGGAUAAAGUCAAUGGUUUGCAGUUACAGCUGAAUGAGGAAGUUAUGGUGGCUGAUGAUCUGGAGAGUGAGAGAGAAAAGCUGAAGUCCCUUUUGGCAGCUAAAGAAAAGCAACACGAAGAAAGCCUAAGAACUAUUGAGGCUCUGAAAAAUCGAUUUAAGUAUUUUGAGAGUGAUCACUUGGGAUCAGGAAGUCAUUUCAGCAACCGAAAAGAAGAUAUGCUUCUUAAGCAAGGCCCAGUGUACAUGACAGACUCACAGUGUGCUUCCACAGGCGCACCAGCUCACGUGCAAAGCAGGUCAGUUUUAAGACCACUGGAGCUCCUACCCACUCAAGCCUCCUACUCGGAAAACGAAAUAUUAAAGAAAGAUCUGGAAGCCAUGCAAGCUUUCUGCGAUUCGGCGAAGCAGGACCGGCUGAAGCUGCAGAACGAGCUGGCGCACAAAGUGGCCGAGUGCAAAGCGCUGGCGCUGGAGUGUGAGCGCGUCAAGGAGGACUCGGACGAGCAGGUCAGGCAGCUGGAAGAUGCCUUGAAGGACGUGCAGAGGCGGAUGUAUGAGUCAGAAGGGAAGGUGAAGCAGAUGCAGACCCACUUUCUGGCCCUGAAGGAACAUCUGACCAGUGAGGCUGCCGCGGGCACCCACGGAGCUGUGCAGGAACUGAAGGACCAGCUGAAAGACGUGAAGGCCAAGUAUGAAGCGGCUCUGGCAGAAGUGGGGAAACUGAGAAACCAAGUCAAACAGAGUGAGAUGUUAGCUGAAGAGUUUAAGAGAGACGAAGGCAGGCUGAUGGAAGAAAAUAAGAGACUGCAGAAAGAAUUCAGCAUGUGUGACAUGGAGCGAGAAAAGAAAGGAAGAAAGAUCCUGGAGAUGGAAGGCCAGUUAAAAGAGCUGCUAGCGAAGGUGGCCCUUUCCAUUCCUGCAGAGAAAUUUGAAAACAUGAAGAGCUUAUUGUCAAACGAAGCAAACGAGAAAGCGAAAAAGCUGGGCGAGAUGGAGAGAGAGUAUGAAAAAUCACUCAGUGAGACCCGGCAGCUCAAGAGAGAACUGGAGAAUGUCAGGGCGAAACUCGCCCAACACAUCAGACCGGAGGAGCACGAGCAGCUGCGGAGCCGGCUGGAGCAGAGGUCGGCGGAGCUGGCGAGGAAGGUGGCCGAGCUCACCCUCCAGAAUCAGGCCCUGCAGAAGGAGGGUGACAAGGUCUCUCUGGACAAUAAGCUCCUCAGCCAGCAGGUCCACAACCUAACCGCGGAGAUGAAAACUCACUACGUUCCCUUAAAAGUGAGCGAAGAAAUGAAAAAGUCACACGACGUAAAUAUCAAUGACUUAAAUAAAAAACUUUCCGAUGUCACCAAGAAAUACACAGAAAAGAAGCUGGAGACAGAGAAACUGCUGAUGGAAAAUGACAGACUAAGUAAGAACGUCAGCCGCCUGGAAACAGUGUGUAUACCUCCAGAGAAACAUGAAAAGGAGAUAAUGGCCCUGAAAUCCAAUAUCGCUGAACUCAGAAAACAGUUAUCUGAAGUUAAUAAAAAAUGUGGUGAAGACCAGGAGAAAAUCCAUGGGCUCAUGUCUGAAAACACCAGCCUGAGAAAAACCCUAAACAACCAGUACGUGCCCGCCAAAACCCACGAAGAGGUGCAGGCCACCCUGAACGGUGCACUAGAUAAAGCCAACAGGGAGCUAUCCAAUGUGCAAAAGAGGUUUGAAGACGUGAGCCAAGAAUGUCUUAAAGUCAAAGAUGAGAAUGAAAUUUUAAAGAGAAACCUGGAAAACACCCACAACCAAAUGAAAGCCGAGUACAUCAGCCUGGCUGAUCACGAGGGAAAGAUGAGCGCGGCGAGGCGGAGCCUGAAGGAGGCGCAGGCCGAGAAGGCGGCUGCCGUGGCCAGCUGCGGCCGGGCCCAGGACGAGAUCGCGACGCUGCAUGCCGAGAUCCAAGCCCAGGGGAAGGAGCUGGACACCCUGCAGGAGUGCAUCAAGCUCAAGUACACGCCCCGCGUCAGCUUCGAGGAGUGUGAGCGCAAGUGGAAAGCGGCAGAGAAGGAGCUCAAGGAACGGCUGGCGGAACAGACACAGAAGUGCGGCGCCCGGGAAGAAGAGGCCAAGAGGACCAUGCAAGAGAACGAGCGGUUGAGGAAGGAGCUGGUGGCACUUGAGAAGGAGCUCAAGGACAAGAGCGCCCUGGCGGACAGCGCCCACGAGGCACAGAGAGCGCUGAGCAGGAAAUCGGAAGAGCUCCGCCAGCAGCUGACGGAGCAGACACAGAAGUGCGCCGAGGCCAGGCAGGAGAGAGAGCAGCUCCUGGAAGAGAAGGCCAGGCAGGCUUCCGAGGUCCUGGCAGCCCAGGAGCUCUUGCAGAAGCAGCACGUGCCUCUGGAACAGGUCGAGGCUCUGAAAACAUCUCUCCGGGGCGAGAUCGAGGGCUUGAAGGAAGAGCUGAGGCAGAAGCAGCGGUGCGUGGAGCAGGAGCGGCAGACUGCGAGCUCCCUGCGCCGGCUGCUGGAGGACCACCGGAGCGCCUCCGUGCCGCUCGCGGAUCACCUGCAGGUUAAGGAAGCUUUUGAGAAAGAGGUGGGGCUCAUGAAAGCUACCCUGAGGGAAAAGGAAGAGGAAAGCCAAAACAAAACGGAAGAAGUCUCCAAACUGCAGACGGAGGUGCAAAGUACCAAACAGGCGCUAAGGAAACUGGAGACCAGGGAGGUCGUUGAUUUGUCUAAAUAUAAAGCAAUGAAGAGCGAUUUAGAGAGCCAGAUCACCAACUUGAAUGACAAGUUGGCCAACCUGAAUAGAAAGUAUGACGAAGUAUGUGAGGAGGUCUUGCACGCCCAAAAGAAGAGGCCGUCCGUAAAGGAUGAGGAGCUGCUGCAUCUCAGCAUCGAGCAAGAGAUCAAGGACCAGAAGGAGCGGUGCGACAAGUCCUUGACCACGAUCCUGGAACUACAGCAAAGGAUACAAGAAUCUGCUGAGCAAAUUGAAGCCAAAGAUAACAAGAUAACGGAACUGCUUAAUGACGUAGAAAGACUGAAGCAGGCACUCAGUGGCCUUUCCCAGCUCACCUACACCAGUGGCAGCUCCACCAAGCGGCAGAACCAGCUGGUGGACACUCUGCAGCACCAAGUGAAGGCCCUGCAACAGCAGUUGUCUGAGGCUGACAGACAGCACCAGGAAGUAAUUGCAAUCUACCGGACACACCUCCUCAGUGCUGCCCAGGGUCACAUGGAUGAAGACGUCCAGGCGGCCUUGCUGCAGAUCAUCCAGAUGCGGCAGGGACUUGUGUGCUAAUGUUCAUGCUGACCCGCCAUCUGCCUCUGGCUUCGUCCUGCUGGUGCUGAGCGUUCUGGGUGCUCCUCUGGGCCUUACUCUGAUUAUAGAAUUAAAAUAAAAUAUAUUUUGUCCUGUU